AUGGACGACCUCAAGACUUCAAUCGCAAAGAGGAUGAAGAUGAAAAAGGGAACGAGGAGGGGAGAUAGAGUGAAAUGGGGAAGAAUCGACCCCUCUUCCUCCAGAAAAUACAAGAAUAACAACAGAACAAUUCCUAAUUAUUAUUAUUAUUGUUAUUUNAAAAUUCUCCUGUUUUAUUACAGACUAGAAAUUCAAGAUAUCAGAAAGGCGUCAUUUAUACGAGCCUUUUCAACGUCUCUUACAGUUUUUACAGAGCGGACAAUUUUGUACUUAACCGUUGUAACUUAUGCCCUUUUGGGCAACUAUCUUACGGGUGAUAAGGUAUUCUCCAUUGCGCAGCUUUACAAUACCAUCCAACUUUACAUGUCCAUUUUCCUACCACUGGCUAUGUCCACUUAUGCCGAAGCCCGAGUAUCCGUAGAUAGAAUACAGGAAUUUUUAGCCCAAGACGAAAACUACGAAGUAACUGAAACGGCAGUGAAACCUGUGAUAUAUAGCGAACCUGGUCGUAUAAAGCUAUCAAACGCUUGUGCCUCGUGGUAUCACGAUGGUAUCGUGAAUACAUUGUCGAAUAUAACGUUGGACAUCCGUCCAGGCACCUUGGUGGCCGUUGUGGGUCAAGUGGGUGCAGGAAAAAGCUCUCUACUCCAACUGCUGAUGAAGGAACUUCCUUUGAAGUGCGGCAAAAUGGAUGUCCAAGGAACGGUGUCCUUUGCAUCCCAAGAACCAUGGCUGUUCGUGUCGUCUGUUAGAAACAACAUCCUCUUUGGUUCAGAGUACAACAAAAGGCGUUACAUGGAGGUGGUCAAAGUGUGUUCUCUUCUACCAGAUUUUGACCAGUUUGUUAGCGGCGAUAAAACCAUCGUGGAAGAACAUGGUUCGUCCCUGAGUGGAGGACAGAGGGCGCGAGUCAACCUUGCCAGGGCCGUUUACAGACAAGCCGAUAUUUACUUGUUUGACGACCCUUUGUCAGCUGUCGAUGCCCAUGUCGGUAAAGAACUCUUCGAAGGUUGCAUCGUGAACUAUUUGAGCAACAAAACCAGAAUUCUGGUGACUCACCAGACUCAGUUCCUAAAGAAGGCCGAUCUCAUUGUGAUACUGAACAACGGUGUUAUUGAAAACAUCGGAAGAUAUGACGAGCUUUCGGACAAAUGCAAGGAAUAUCUGAAGACGGAAACCCACAGCGAGGAGGAGAAAGCCCACGAAGGAGCAUUCAGAACGAACAGGCUUCUUUCUAUCACCUCACAUAUGACUUCCAACGCUGAUGACGAAGACGAUCCCCAGGAAACCCAAGAGCUUAUAGAGAAAGGUGGUAUAUCGAAAAAGCUUUAUUGGAAGUACAUCUCAGCUGGGUCCAACAUUUGCAUGCUGCUUCUUCUGGUGUUCUUGACUAUGUCUGCGCAAAUUUUCUCCAACGCUGGUGACUUCUGGCUAACCCAUUGGACUAAUACAGAAGAAACAAUACUGGCAGAUCAUGUAUUGCAACAGAAAAACCAUUCCUCGAUGAUCUUCACCAAUGGCCACAACAAGACUGAUGAAAAUGAUUCAACCAUCUCACCAAUCUUGAACGACUUGGAUAAUUUCACUAACUUUAGUCCCAACGAACCCCUGGAAUCGUACUUCGCAAUCCAACAACCGCAUUCACGUCGACUAGAAUACGUUUACAUCUAUACUGGUUUCAUAAUUCUUUCGAUAGUAUUGCUGACCAUAAGAGCGGUGGUUUUCAACUGGGUUUGCAUGGCAUCUUCGAAAGCUCUUCACAAUACCAUGUUCAACAACGUGUUGCAGGCCACCAUGAGAUUCUUCAACACAAAUCCGUCUGGAAGGAUAUUGAACAGGUUUUCGAAAGAUAUGGGAGCUGUCGACGAACUUCUUCCCAUAGCUUUGCUGAACGCGAUCCAGAUCUUCCUGGUAGCUGCUGGAAUAAUCAUGAUGGUUGUAAUAGUCCAACCAUGGAUGACUAUACCAACGCUGCUGUUAGCGAUCAUGUUUUGGCUGGUGAAAAAUGUUUAUUUGGCAUCUGCUCAAGACCUGAAAAGAUUGGAAGGAGUCACGAAAGCUCCUGUAUUCUCUCACGCUUGUGAAACUCUCCGGUUUAUCAACCAUCAGAUCAAAAUUCUUUCUGAUAACGUUCUGAAAACCCAAAUUGAAACAUUCACCAUCUUUUUUAACAUUGUGUCUUCCUUCUUUAGCGAAAGCUCCUGUAUUCUCUCACGCUUGUGAAACUCUCUCCGGUUUAUCAACCAUCAGAUCAAAAUUCUUUCUGAUAACGUUCUGAAAACCCAAAUUGAAACAUUCACCAUCUUUUUUAACAUUGUGUCUUCCUUCUUUAGCGAAAGCUCCUGUAUUCUCUCACGCUUGUGAAACUCUCUCCGGUUUAUCAACCAUCAGAUCAAAAUUCUUUCUGAUAACGUUCUGAAAACCCAAAUUGAAACAUUCACCAUCUUUUUUAACAUUGUGUCUUCCUUCUUUAGCGAAAGCUCCUGUAUUCUCUCACGCUUGUGAAACUCUCUCCGGUUUAUCAACCAUCAGAUCAAAAUUCUUUCUGAUAACGUUCUGAAAACCCAAAUUGAAACAUUCACCAUCUUUUUUAACAUUGUGUCUUCCUUCUUUAGCGAAAGCUCCUGUAUUCUCUCACGCUUGUGAAACUCUCUCCGGUUUAUCAACCAUCAGAUCAAAAUUCUUUCUGAUAACGUUCUGAAAACCCAAAUUGAAACAUUCACCAUCUUUUUUAACAUUGUGUCUUCCUUCUUUAGCGAAAGCUCCUGUAUUCUCUCACGCUUGUGAAACUCUCUCCGGUUUAUCAACCAUCAGAUCAAAAUUCUUUCUGAUAACGUUCUGAAAACCCAAAUUGAAACAUUCACCAUCUUUUUUAACAUUGUGUCUUCCUUCUUUAGCGAAAGCUCCUGUAUUCUCUCACGCUUGUGAAACUCUCUCCGGUUUAUCAACCAUCAGAUCAAAAUUCUUUCUGAUAACGUUCUGAAAACCCAAAUUGAAACAUUCACCAUCUUUUUUAACAUUGUGUCUUCCUUCUUUAGCGAAAGCUCCUGUAUUCUCUCACGCUUGUGAAACUCUCUCCGGUUUAUCAACCAUCAGAUCAAAAUUCUUUCUGAUAACGUUCUGAAAACCCAAAUUGAAACAUUCACCAUCUUUUUUAACAUUGUGUCUUCCUUCUUUAGCGAAAGCUCCUGUAUUCUCUCACGCUUGUGAAACUCUCUCCGGUUUAUCAACCAUCAGAUCAAAAUUCUUUCUGAUAACGUUCUGAAAACCCAAAUUGAAACAUUCACCAUCUUUUUUAACAUUGUGUCUUCCUUCUUUAGCGAAAGCUCCUGUAUUCUCUCACGCUUGUGAAACUCUCUCCGGUUUAUCAACCAUCAGAUCAAAAUUCUUUCUGAUAACGUUCUGAAAACCCAAAUUGAAACAUUCACCAUCUUUUUUAACAUUGUGUCUUCCUUCUUUAGCGAAAGCUCCUGUAUUCUCUCACGCUUGUGAAACUCUCUCCGGUUUAUCAACCAUCAGAUCAAAAUUCUUUCUGAUAACGUUCUGAAAACCCAAAUUGAAACAUUCACCAUCUUUUUUAACAUUGUGUCUUCCUUCUUUAGCGAAAGCUCCUGUAUUCUCUCACGCUUGUGAAACUCUCUCCGGUUUAUCAACCAUCAGAUCAAAAUUCUUUCUGAUAACGUUCUGAAAACCCAAAUUGAAACAUUCACCAUCUUUUUUAACAUUGUGUCUUCCUUCUUUAGCGAAAGCUCCUGUAUUCUCUCACGCUUGUGAAACUCUCUCCGGUUUAUCAACCAUCAGAUCAAAAUUCUUUCUGAUAACGUUCUGAAAACCCAAAUUGAAACAUUCACCAUCUUUUUUAACAUUGUGUCUUCCUUCUUUAGCGAAAGCUCCUGUAUUCUCUCACGCUUGUGAAACUCUCUCCGGUUUAUCAACCAUCAGAUCAAAAUUCUUUCUGAUAACGUUCUGAAAACCCAAAUUGAAACAUUCACCAUCUUUUUUAACAUUGUGUCUUCCUUCUUUAGCGAAAGCUCCUGUAUUCUCUCACGCUUGUGAAACUCUCUCCGGUUUAUCAACCAUCAGAUCAAAAUUCUUUCUGAUAACGUUCUGAAAACCCAAAUUGAAACAUUCACCAUCUUUUUUAACAUUGUGUCUUCCUUCUUUAGCGAAAGCUCCUGUAUUCUCUCACGCUUGUGAAACUCUCUCCGGUUUAUCAACCAUCAGAUCAAAAUUCUUUCUGAUAACGUUCUGAAAACCCAAAUUGAAACAUUCACCAUCUUUUUUAACAUUGUGUCUUCCUUCUUUAGCGAAAGCUCCUGUAUUCUCUCACGCUUGUGAAACUCUCUCCGGUUUAUCAACCAUCAGAUCAAAAUUCUUUCUGAUAACGUUCUGAAAACCCAAAUUGAAACAUUCACCAUCUUUUUUAACAUUGUGUCUUCCUUCUUUAGCGAAAGCUCCUGUAUUCUCUCACGCUUGUGAAACUCUCUCCGGUUUAUCAACCAUCAGAUCAAAAUUCUUUCUGAUAACGUUCUGAAAACCCAAAUUGAAACAUUCACCAUCUUUUUUAACAUUGUGUCUUCCUUCUUUAGCGAAAGCUCCUGUAUUCUCUCACGCUUGUGAAACUCUCUCCGGUUUAUCAACCAUCAGAUCAAAAUUCUUUCUGAUAACGUUCUGAAAACCCAAAUUGAAACAUUCACCAUCUUUUUUAACAUUGUGUCUUCCUUCUUUAGCGAAAGCUCCUGUAUUCUCUCACGCUUGUGAAACUCUCUCCGGUUUAUCAACCAUCAGAUCAAAAUUCUUUCUGAUAACGUUCUGAAAACCCAAAUUGAAACAUUCACCAUCUUUUUUAACAUUGUGUCUUCCUUCUUUAGCGAAAGCUCCUGUAUUCUCUCACGCUUGUGAAACUCUCUCCGGUUUAUCAACCAUCAGAUCAAAAUUCUUUCUGAUAACGUUCUGAAAACCCAAAUUGAAACAUUCACCAUCUUUUUUAACAUUGUGUCUUCCUUCUUUAGCGAAAGCUCCUGUAUUCUCUCACGCUUGUGAAACUCUCUCCGGUUUAUCAACCAUCAGAUCAAAAUUCUUUCUGAUAACGUUCUGAAAACCCAAAUUGAAACAUUCACCAUCUUUUUUAACAUUGUGUCUUCCUUCUUUAGCGAAAGCUCCUGUAUUCUCUCACGCUUGUGAAACUCUCUCCGGUUUAUCAACCAUCAGAUCAAAAUUCUUUCUGAUAACGUUCUGAAAACCCAAAUUGAAACAUUCACCAUCUUUUUUAACAUUGUGUCUUCCUUCUUUAGCGAAAGCUCCUGUAUUCUCUCACGCUUGUGAAACUCUCUCCGGUUUAUCAACCAUCAGAUCAAAAUUCUUUCUGAUAACGUUCUGAAAACCCAAAUUGAAACAUUCACCAUCUUUUUUAACAUUGUGUCUUCCUUCUUUAGCGAAAGCUCCUGUAUUCUCUCACGCUUGUGAAACUCUCUCCGGUUUAUCAACCAUCAGAUCAAAAUUCUUUCUGAUAACGUUCUGAAAACCCAAAUUGAAACAUUCACCAUCUUUUUUAACAUUGUGUCUUCCUUCUUUAGCGAAAGCUCCUGUAUUCUCUCACGCUUGUGAAACUCUCUCCGGUUUAUCAACCAUCAGAUCAAAAUUCUUUCUGAUAACGUUCUGAAAACCCAAAUUGAAACAUUCACCAUCUUUUUUAACAUUGUGUCUUCC